AGACGAAACUAUUGUGCAUUGCACUGCGAAAAAUUCUUCCUUGAUCAUCCCUCGAAAACAUGGCGGACGACAAACCUAGUCUUGCGGAGGUCUCAUCUUUUGAUUCCUCCAAACUGAAACAUGUGAAGACUGUGGAAAAGAAUACUCUUCCAUCCAGCGAAACUGUUAAACAGGAACUUCAGCCAGACGAAUUUCCAGAUCGUUCAGAGGUGAAGAAUUUCGACCAGUCGAAAUUGAAGAAAGCCCACACUGAGGAAAAGAACCCACUUCCUUCGAAAGAGACAAUUGCUGAAGAACAACGCACGGCGCCAUUUUCUGGAGUGGAAGUUUUCAACAAGGAUCUACUGAAACACGUGGAAACUACCGAAAAGAAACCUCCUCUUCCAACUCCCCAAGAGCUUCGUGAAGAGAUGCGGCCUGAUGAACUCCCAGAUGUUUCUGAAGUAGAAAACUUUGAUGCAACGAAACUGAAACGUGUUAAAACCAAGGAAAGCAAUGUUCUUCCCACUAAAGAAGUUAUCGAGGAGGAAUCUGUUGAAUCAAGAGCCGAAGUGAAGAGUUUCGACAAAGGCUCUCUUAAACAUGUGGACACAGAUGAAAAGAAGUAUCUCCCCACUGCACAAGAUCUCACUGCUGAGAGAAUGCCCCCGCCAUCAAGACGACCAGACCGCUCAGAGGUGCUACAGUUUGACCACAAUAAACUGCAACAUGUGCCUAUUACAGAAAAAGUUGUUCUUCCAAGUCAACAAGACAUUCAUGAUGAAAGUGUAGGCUCCAGAGCAGAAGUUAAAACGUUUGACAAGAGUCAGUUGAAACAUGUUGAAACCAAAGAGGAGAAUACACUACCUGGAGCAGGAGAUAUCCGAGCCGAGUUGAUGCCUGAUGUGCUGCCAGAUCGUUCAGAAGUGGCAAAGUUUGAUCAGACCAAGCUUAAACAUGUGAAAACCACAGAGAAAGUAGUUCUUCCAACUCAAGAUGAUAUCAAGGAGGAAACUAUUGGGUCACGAGCAGAAGUGAAGACUUUUGAUCACAGCAAGCUCAAGCACGUGAAGACAGAAGAAAAAGUUACUUUACCAGGAGUUGGAGACAUUGUGGCAGAAUUGAGGCCAGAUGAACUUCCUGACCGCUCAGCUGUGACAUCAUUUGAUCAGUCCCAACUGAAACAUGUUGAGACCCAACAGAAGGAAGUUUUACCAACAAAAGCAGUAAUUGAAGAAGAGAUGACUAAUUCCAGAGCCGAAGUUAAAUCAUUUGACAAGUCGAAACUGAAGCAUGUUGAAACAGAAGAGAAAAACCCAACACCCACACCACAAACGCUGAGAGAGGAAUUGAUCCCUGACAAGUUACCUGACAAGACAGCAGAGUUAAAGGAAAUUGAAGGAUUUGAUGCAUCAAAGAAACUGAAACAUGUUGAAACCCAGGACAAGACACAUCUUCCUACAAAGGAAGAAAUCAAGGAAGAAGCAACCGAGACAAGAGCUGAAGUUAAAACCUUUGACCAGUCUAAGCUGAACCACGUAGAGCCUCAGGAGAAAAAUACACUUCCUAAACAAUCAGACAUUCAAGAGGAAAAAGCAGCUUCCUGAAGAGUGACCUCAGUAAUUCGUACCCAGUGCACCGAGCAGGACGUAUGUACACGGUUGAAGCGGAACAUUAUUGGACAAUGCAAUAACAGGAACUUUUCUAGCUCAUCUUUUUAUAGUAGAAAUUCUCAUAUAUUCUGCUUAAUAUCUUGGGCUCGGUUUAUAUACACUUUUGUAUAACAGAGACAUUUUCCAAGGAGACAAAUAGAUUUGUAAGAGUAGCUUCAAUUAUGAUUAAAUUGCAAUGAAGAAA